AUGCCACUAUGUCGCCUGGCCAUCCGCUCGCUUCUCCAUAGUCGCAGCUCUCUACCCAAAUCGUCCCCAACAGCUCCUUCGCAAUGGCCUCGAGCGGUGCAGAGCUACAGCACAGCGUUAGAAGAAGGCCGCAGAGAUGAAUCCCCUCCACUCCCCGAGUUAGACUUGUCGAAAGUCACCGCCGAAUCCUCGUAUCUGGAUUUCAUACUGGGUCCAAAAGAUGGAGAGCUUCCGACUACCGCCCCUGAUGCGCGUGGCCAAGCAGGUCCUGGGAAAGAGGUGAAGCAGAGAAAACCCACGGCCCAUCAAUCUUCGCCACGGCGCCAACGUUUGAGCAAGGUACCUGUGAGAGCCUUGCAACCAGAGCAACCAGUCAAGAAGGAUAUUCGUUUGAUAAAGUCGGCGCGCACGAAUGGACAAUCUGCACCGUCAAGAUGGACAGCACGAAAGCCUACUGCUCGCGAGAUGCAGAGGAUCAUGUGCCGUCGAUCGGCAAACACCAAUGUCUACUUUGCAAGAGCUCACGGUCGAUAUUUCAGGACAAAACACGUCACUGUCAGGUCUGGUGGAAUAUUGUCUGGCGGCUUCUCUUCGACGUGGAACACACAGUUUGCUCGAAUCCAACGUUACUACGACAGAGGCCAGGGGGAAUAUAUGUCAUCUCGACUUGCACCUAUGUUACAUGGCGAUGCUGCAAAAUGGGCUCGAGAAGCGAUUGCUGACCCAGAAGACGGUGUUCCCAUGAUGCUUGGUCGAUUGGCUGGCUUCACCUCCCACAAGAGAUACUAUUACUGGAGUCAAAUCGCUCUCUGGCUUAUGUACAAUGAGCCAGAGUAUAUGAUCAAGUUCUUGCAAGAGACACAUACUUGGCCUUACCCGCCCGUUAGCUGCAUUGACGACUCUUUGAGAUACCUGGCAAUGCAUUUCUCUCACCAGAAAGACGCGGAACAGCUUCAGGCACUUUCAGAGCUCUUCCCUCUGCUUGCAGACCGCGAGAAAGGCGGCCGUCUGCAUAUCGAUGGCUCCUUCUUCAGACUCUUAAUGCCUCAUUGCAGCCACGAGCAGAUCAACGAGAUGUAUCGUGCGGUUAAAGUACAUCACGUCAAAGUGGACUGGAACACAUAUCUCCACUUCUCGACACACUUCGCGAGAAGCGGGCACUUCGAACAGGCCCUGGACGCUCUUCUGGAGGCCAAGAAUGCGGACGCAGCUCUCGAUUCGUAUGCUUUCCGCAGCAAUUGCGCAACACUUCUUCGCAACUCGAUCCGCCAACCGGCUGGACUGCGUGUUUGCAUGCGCAUCGUCGAUAAUCUGGUCAAGAUUGGCGUGACCUUGAACAACCAGCUUUGCAACAUUGUAAUGCUCAAUGCUGUGGAGGCGGGUGAUUUGAAGACAGCCUUCUCAAUUUACAGCUCCCUUGUUGAGCAUGGCCUGGAGGCGGACUCCUACACAUAUGCGAUUCUCCUCAAGGGCUGCAAGUCCUCUAUCGACGACGCCGACACCUUGAACGCUACUAUCCGAGAUGCCAUUCAGCAUGUCAAUGUCACUGGCCAGCCGGUUGUCGCUACGGAGAUUUUGCACUGUCUUGCAAUACAUCACAAGAAGCACAAUCCGGAAAGGGCGUAUGAGAUACUGGUAGAAGCGUUUGGUCAGUUGUUUGACACGAAUCCGCUGCAGCAGUUGGGUCUACUGCCGUCUCGAGCUCCAGGCCCGGAAAGCGCUUCGCAAGGGACAAUGCCGCCAUCACAGCAGUCGAUGGCGAUCAUGAUGGCGAUGUUUUUGGAUCAUGACUUCUCGCGCUCCCGUUCUGCUGCGCACCCAUAUGAAGUGCAUAGGCAGUUUCGUGCCCUCGUGGAUCUCAACGCCGAACCUUUUACUUCGAUGAUAGAGACUGAUCACAUCUCUAACUGCUUCUUGAUGACAUUCAUUAAGACGAAGAAAGGCCUCUUGUAUGCCGCUGAGGUGAUCAAGGAUAUGCAGCGUGAACCUCCCGACUCAAAGGCUAAACAAUGCAAACCAACUCAACAGUCCUGGUCGAUAUUCCUACAUGGAUUCUCGCGCCACGGUUUGAUGAAGCUUGCGGAACAGGUGCUGAACUACAUGCGGAACAAGGGAAUCGAGCCCAACGAAGUGACGUGGAAUACUCUGGCGACGGGCUAUGCAAGUGCACAGGACAUGGAGGGAUUGUUAGAUGUGCUGAGACGGAUGGAGCUCGACAGCGUGACAUGGGAUGAGUGGACCAUGAACGGUUUGAGGAAGUUUCAAGACCAAGACCGGCUUCGUCAAGAGUUUGAGAGGCGGCGCAAGGUGCCACAGCUUGAUUUCACCAGCGACAUCAAGGAUAGCCUGGGAGAGCGGUUGAACACGUUUGGUGACGAUGCUCGAAGGAUAGAACAGAGGCGGGAGGAUGCAGCACAAGGCGCGGCAGAUUCGCCUUCAGAUUUGGCGGAGUCUGGUGCGCAGUCAUAUACCCCAUUCAAUUGA